CUUCAGCAACCAUUAUACCUCAGGGUACUCCCAAAAGUACUAAUUUCUCCGCCAGUAAAACCUUGCCUGUAACGGCUGACAAUUGCGCUCCCAUGCCACCUGAGGCAGUUUUAUUGCUGCCGUAAUGCGGUCGGGAUGUUGGUGCUUACAGAUGCCCUUCCCCCGUGCAGAAUGGGUGAUGAAUUGGGUCUUAUUUCUCUCGCUAUGGCUUGCCAUCGCUUGGGGUAUGAGGACAGAUCAGCUUAAUGAACUUAGAAAGGACACUGAGCAUAUGUUCUACCACGGUUUUGACAACUACAUUACGCAUGCCUUUCCCGAAGAUGAACUACGCCCUCUAUCCUGCCGUCCGCUAGUUCGCGACCGAGACACCCUUGCAAAUGCAGGAUUGAACGACGUUCUGGGGAAUUACUCGUUGACUUUGAUCGACAGCCUAUCUUCACUAGCGAUACUGUCAUCGAGUCCAGACGAUGGUGCAAGAGCUUGGGCACAUUUCCAGGAUGGCGUUAGGGACUUUGUGAAGUUGUACGGCGAUGGCUCAGAUGGUCCUGCUGGCCAGGGCGAAAGGAGCCGCGGGUUUGACAUGGACAGUAAAGUCCAAGUUUUCGAGACGGUCAUUCGGGGACUAGGAGGACUACUCAGCGCUCAUUUGUUUUCUGUGGGUGAUCUUCCCAUUACGAUAUACAGCCCCCCUGAAGUCGAGGUCGCAUUCGCCAAAGCUUGGGAUAAAGCCUCGUUCCCCAUAAAUAGACACGGAAUCAAAUGGGGGAAUGGAUUCGUUUACGAUGGCCAGCUUUUGCGGCUUGCCGUUGAUCUAGCGAACCGUCUGUUGCCCGCCUUCUAUACUGAGACUGGUCUUCCCUAUCCCCGGGUCAAUCUGCGACAUGGAGUCCGGCGGCACCCAUUCUAUGCAAACUCGCCACUAAAUGCCGCCUUCUCAUGUGACAAUACUAAAGACCACGAGAAUUGUAAGUCCCGUCACGUUCCAUUGGUGGAAACGACGGAGACAUGCAGUGCGGGCGCUGGCAGCUUAGUCUUGGAGUUUACUGUGUUGAGCCGGCUUACCGGAGAUGGCCGGUAUGAGGAGCUGGGCAAAAGAGCUUUCUGGGCAGUUUGGGCGAGAAGAAGUGAUAUUGGGUUAGUUGGGGCAGGCAUCGAUGCAGAAUCGGGUAAAUGGGUUCAUCCUUACACAGGAAUCGGUGCAGGAAUUGACAGCUUCUUUGAAUAUGCUUUCAAAUCGUAUAUCCUGCUGUCGUCGGGGGAACGGUUCCCACGCGAUCUCAAUAGCUCGUGGCAUGCCUUGGACAAUGAUUUCCCACCCCUAAGUGAGUACGAGAACUCCGCAGAGGCCUUUUUGCAAGCCUGGCAAGAAGCACAUGCUUCAGUCAAGCGUCAUUUGUAUCGUGGAGAAGGCUAUCAGCAUCCACAUUUAAUCCAAGGAGAUGUUUUCACUGGCGCCACGCGGGCGUUUUGGAUCGAUAGCUUGAGCGCGUUUUACCCAGGUCUCCUGAGUCUGGCAGGAGAGUUAGAUGAGGCCGUAGGGAUCCAUCUUCUAACAACGGCUGUUUGGACCCGGUUUUCAGGCCUCCCUGAAAGGUGGAAUGUUGCGACGGGGGAUAUAGAGGGGGGUCUGGCAUGGUACAGUGGCCGGCCAGAAUUUGCUGAAUCAACAUUUUACCUUUAUCAAGCCACCAAGGACCCUUGGUACCUACAUGUUGGCGAGAUGGUACUUCGUGAUCUUAAAAGGCGGUGCUGGACAAAAUGCGGCUGGGCUGGCCUUCAAGACGUUCGCAGUGGUGAGCUCAAUGACAGAAUGGAGAGCUUCUUCCUAGGCGAGACGGCUAAAUAUCUGUAUUUGCUCUUUGAUCCUUCGCAUCCUCUUAACAAUAUCGACCAGCCGUUUGUGUUUUCAACAGAGGGCCACCCACUCAUCAUACCCAAGAGUACAACAACUGCCCAGCAGUCCCGCAAGACACAAUUGUCAGUCAGCAAGCAUAUUAAUAGUGCUAUUUGUCCAGUAGCGCCAUUGCCUCCUCUUUUUGGGCUGUCAUCAACCGCUGCACGUCCUGAUGUGUUUCAUGCUGCAAAUUUGGCUCGGCUACAUUUGAUGCCCAGCCGAGGACCACCAGAGGGACCUAUUCUAGACUAUGGGAAAGGCCGCCCAAGCGUGACACUGUCAGAUUUGUCUUCACCCACAAACUACACAUUCUUCCCUUGGACUUUGCCAGCCGAAUUAGUACCGUUCAAUGCGACGAGCUCACCAAUGACAGUUCGCCCCACACUUGACAUUUCGUUCCCGUCUCUCCCGGGCAUGUUCCUGGGAUCAGGCUCCUUAGAACGAGUCCAAGAUGGCAUUCUCAUCAAGGCCAUCGGAGGGCUCCGGUUGAGCAUGAUUCAAGAUGUUCCCUCUCGGGAUGCGGCUGGCACGAAAAAUGCAGAGUUUCGAGUACAAGUGAUCAACAAUGUACCGCUUGGAAAAGAUGAGAAGGUAUACAUCUCACGGGAGGUCACAUUCGAUGUCCUGGAUCCCAAUGAUCCGAAUUUCACCCGCGUGCGCGACUCCGCAAUGAUUGACAUCGUUAUUGACGUUGUCCCAGAGAACCUCCGCCGAAGGAACCAUUCAGAUGACCCUCAGGGAUCAACUGCUGGACAUAGCCCAAAGCAUAUCAUCGGUCAGUCCUCCGCUGACGACAAACUUGGAGCCAUAGAUCCGACUACGUCCAGUGUAAAGAGUGCUUUAUCGUCAUUUGUGAAUCACGUGUCCUGGUUACUCUGGGACGAGUCGCAACCCCAUUCUGCCUGGUCGUCUGCGGAGAAAAAGUCAUUUCUACGACUGACAUUACCCGCUUCUAUGGCUUCUGGUUUAGGCUCUACUCCCAUGCCGGAUGUAGAGGAUUCCUCUACAUUCUCUGUCACGGGGGAUGUCCCUAAAAGUCGUCUCCCAUGGUCUACGAUCUACUUCGCCGAUGAGCUCUGUGACCAUCGGAUCCUACGUGACAUCGCACAAAGUCACCAAGUGCUCGUCAUCAAGCGGGGCGGGUGCAGUUUCUCGCAAAAGCUGAGGAGUAUCGCUGCAUAUCCACCCUCACAACAUGCGCUAAAGCUCGUUAUUGUUGUCUCCUACAACGAGGAGCCAAUGGAGGAUGAUCUAGAGUCCCAAGUUACUCAUUUCUCUAGCCUAGCUGCCGUCCGCGCAGAACCAUAUCUUGUUCGGCCUUACCUCGACGAAACUCAGAUAACCGCCGGGGGGGUUCCUCGUCGUCAUCUAAUCAGCCUGGUCAUGGUCGGUGGCGGAGCGGAAACAUACGAACUACUCCGCCAGGCCACGGGUGUCGGCAUCAAGCGACGGUAUACUGUGCGAUCGCAGGGCAUACCGGUCAAUAACCUAUAUAUCAUCUAGAUAGACGCUUAUUUUUGUAUAGCUACUGGAACACCAGAUCCUUGAUACCAUACGGUGAAACAAAAGUUAAGGCAUGAGUACGUACCCGUACUCUUACCAGGUACAUGACUUGUCGCCACUUUUUGCACCACAGCAUGUUGGUGAUUGGUGCAGUCCCUGAGUAACUUCUCUUGGUUCUGCCGGGCGGCCUGAAGUUAGAUGUCUUCAUUGCCGAGUUACGCCCGGCGGAUUCUAAUUGACACAGAAUCUGGAGGCCAACAGUUGGUUUUCCAUAUGCGUAGGAUGGGGGGAAA